AUGUCAGCGGCUCUGCCUCCCGACGAGAACCGGGCUGUGAGCCUGCUACUCUGCUUCUGGAUCCCCUUCCCUUUCACGGUGGGCUUGGUCGUGACCCGCUUCUACUGCCGGGGCAUGCGAAAAGACCUGGGGUAUGACGAUUGGACGAUCCUGGUGGCCUGGAUGCUCUACACGGCGGCGACGGCGAUGAGCACGGCGAUGGAGCUGCGCGGCGGGGCGCGCCAUGUGGCCUACCUCAGCGCGGAGGAGAUCCUGUACAUCGGGAAGAUGCAGAUCAUCAACCAGUUCCCGGCGGCGCUGUCGGCGAUGUGCGGCAAGAUCAGCGUGGCCCUGUUCAUCAUGCGCAUCUCGGGCCGCACCUCCAAGUGGCGCCGCUGGUUCCUGACCGUGCACAUCGUGCUGUACUUCUGCCUCACCGUGCUGAGCCUGUGCAUACUGAUCGGCCAGUGCAAGCCCGUCCAGGCGCUGUGGGACAUGAGCCUGCGCACCUCGGGGCAGGCCACAUGUUUGGAUGCGCGGAUUAACACGGACAUCACCAUGUUGCAGUCAGCCUUUGGCGCAUACCUAGACUUCGUCCUCGCCCUGCUCCCGCUGAGCUUCAUUGUCGACCUAAAGGUUAGCCUGCGCAAACGCAUCGUUCUAUUCUGCAUCCUCAGUUUAGGUAUCGUAGCAGGAGUAUGCGCUUGCAUCAAAACCAGCGAAUUCAUCCCCGCCACCGGCGGCACCGACCCCACCUGGGACGGCUACGCACUCUACCUAUGGGCCUUCCUCGAGAUCCCCCUGGUAAUCAUCGCCGCAUGCAUCCCGCCCUCCAAGCCGAUCUGGGAUUUUUUGGUCAAAGGGCAACCCAUCCGCCCCUCCAGCAACCACAGCAGCAGCAACUACACGGGCACGGGGUCCGGGUCGACGGGCUCGUACCGGAUCGGCUUCGUCAAGACCUCCGUGCGCGCCCAGAAGAGUCACCACAAGCACGCCGCCAAGAGAAUCAGUGGGCGCGGGGCGGAUGACGGGGUCAAUCUGAUUGUCCAUGGCGGCAAGGGCGGGGCGGCGAAGAAUAAUAUUCAGCAGACCGUGCUGAUCACGCAGACUUCCAGGGAGCGGGGAUCACCGAGGCAGUCGGAGACGAGUGUGGAAAGUCCGGUUUGA